UGAAUUGUAUAACAAUUUUUAAUAACAAUAUACUCUAGUGUACAUUUUUUAAUUAAUAAUUUGAAUAGGCUAUAGAAAAGCAUGAUUGGAGUAAAACAAUUACUAGUCGUUGAGAAAAACACAAACACACGCACCAAGUAGUCACUAUGUACAUUAAUGUCUUAAUGAUAUCGUAAAAAGGAAGAAAAAAAGAUAUGUAAUAAAUGAAUAUCCAUCAUCCAAUGACUCAAUGAGGCAUGAGACUCGCCGUAGUGGCAGAGUUGUAAAUAAGUGGAAAAGAGGAGGAAGCAGCGGUUUGAUCACGAACAACAACAAGACAGCUUUUAUUUGAAAAUGGCUCCACUUCACGAGGUCUUCAUCUCUCUCUCUCUUUCGCCGUAGGCUUGCUUUACUCGAGAACCAGACCCAAUGAAAGAUCCUUACUUUCGCAUUCAUUAUAUAUAUCCCACAGAAAAAAAACCCCAAUGUUAAAAAAUCACGAAAAAGAAGCGAUCUUUGCGCUUGACUUCUCCAAUGUUGUCUCUCUAGUGAUUCUCUCUAUCGCUCUUGCAACGGUAACAAAAGGGUUUUACUUUUCAAAAUCCGACAGAGAAAGAAAAGACCAGAAGUCUUUCUUCUUCUGACAAUCAUUACCAGAAAGAGACAAAGACAAAAGACAGACACUUUCCAUGUCUUUUUUGAAAGUUGGCGGUGAAAACAUGGAGAGAAGAAACGGAAUGGUGGGUCCUCCUGCGCCGAGGAUUCUCCAGCUGCCACGUAGGCAUAGCGUUCGGAGAAGGAAUACAAUAUCACCGAAGAAGAAGGAUCAGAGAGUGAAGCUGGAGGCUCUGUUUCACCAAGAGAGGUCUUUUCAUCACGAGGAGGAGGGAGGGAGGAGAAGAGGGAAAGUUGCGGACGGGAGAGAGAUUAGUAGGUCUUCUCCUGUUGAUUUCGCCAAGUGGAGGUUUCAGGCGGAGAUGUUGAGAUCAGAGUGUAAUUUACUAAGGGUUGAGAAAGAGAUCGCUAUGAAGAAGAUGGAGAGAAGGAAGAAGAGGAUGGAGAGAACGCUAAGAUCUGCUGUUCUUAUUCUUCUCUCUAGAAUCUCUGAAGGGAAGAAGGAGAGCAACGUUUUGGAAGAUGAGAUUAGCUACUUGAUUGAGAAACUGAAUGAGUUGAAGUCUCCAAAGGUUAAAGACAUGGAAGUUGGAAACUACAGACAUAACUUUGACAGGCAAGCUUCUGUUUUAAGAAGAGAGCUGGAGAAGUUAGAUGAAGGAGAGGUUUGUGUUAAAGGGAUUCAGAAAAUGGCAGAAGAUAGCUUCUUGGUCAAUCCCAACUCUCUACCUGAUCAAAAUAUAGAUACAUUGGGUAGUAAAUUGGAGGAGUUGUCUAAAGGAGUAUUUGUGCAGGCGCAUGGGGAAAAUAGAGGCUGUUCUAGACAUUGCAAAGCACUUAUGAGGAAGAUUGCAGAUCAAGCAAGAGCAGAAGCAGAGCAAUGGUCAGAAAUGCAAGAAAUGCUUAGUCAAGUGAGGAAUGAAAUGGAGGAACUUCAAACUUGUCGCGAUUUCUGGCAAAACAGAGCUCUUGAAUCAGAUUCUCAGAUACAGAAUCUACAUUCCUCAGUUGAAGGAUGGAGAAGAAAAGCGUUGUCAUCAGAAGCAAAGUUGAAGAACCUAGAAGCCGAGGUUUGCGGAUUACAAGAAGAGAUGAAAAGGUUGAGGAAGGAUGAUAAGGUAGAAGCAGCGAAGAACAAGUUGCCAACAGAGUCAGAGAAGAGAGUGUUGAUUUGUAGGUUGAAAGAGAACAUAUAUAGCAGCAAUGGAGAUUGGUCUAAGUACAGUGAGAGGAAAACAACAAAACCGUCUAGUUCAAGACAGCCUUUAAGAGAAAUUAAGAACGGUUCAGUGGCAGUGAGACAGAAGAACUCCAAUGUCAUGAGAGUGUAACUUUUCUUUCUGACAAAAACCAGAUUCUUUUUUCUGUUUUCUAUGGUUGGUUAAUAAAUGGAAAAAAGUUUGCCACUCGAAGAAGUAUAAUCUAAUAUGGUGGAAACCAU